CUCCACCUCAUCAACAACAACACGGUCAGUCAAUUUCAGCCCAAAUCGAGCCCCCGAGAACCAAGACCAAUAUCAAACUCCAAGCAAGAACAACCAGCAACUAUGUCAACCUCAAAACAAACCCUCGCAAUCCUCCAACAAGUCAUAGACGAAUUCGGCCCUCGGCUCAACAUCCACGGCGGCUCCAAAGUCCUCGUCUCCGACUCCAGCAUAGCCCAAGCCCUCUACGAACUCACCGAACCCGUCCGAACACCCUUCGGACCAACCCUCACAGUCGCCUCCCAAGAACAACCCGAUCAAUCCCAAGUCUCCCAGAUCCCCAACGCCACAGUCCUUGCAGCGGAUAAAUUAGCCAUGGACCACUAUACCCACGCCGUAUUUGGCGUAAGUGGCGAAGACCCAAAGUAUAUUUUCGGUGGGAUUAAGCAUACGAUUUAUGCGUUGCAGCCGAAAGGGUAUGCGGUGGUUAUUGCGUUGAAGCAGGAAACGAAGCAGGUUUCUGCUGGUGAGGGGGAAGGUGAGUUUCAGGUUAGUUUGGAUGAUAAGAUGAAGUAUCAGUCCAAAGGGAGAAUUAAUAAUUUGGAGGAUGCGUUGUAUUAUGCUGGGUUUGAGAGAGGGCGGGUGAAGAAGUUGGAGGAUAAGAAGGCUGUUGUUGAUGGGCAGGAUGUGGAGGCGCAGGUUUUCCUGGCGAUGAAGUGGGAUCAGUUGACGGCAUGAGCAUGCGGAGCUUCUAGAUUGGCAGCAAAGUGUGGUGAUGUUGUGC